GUCCGCGGCGCUGCCCUGCAAGCAUAGUUUCAAUCAAUCUGGCCACGUUCCUUCCUUCUUUUUCUUCCAUUUCAACGAUUGCAAAGCAGUGGCUGCACCGGACGGUUAUAAUCCUAUCUAGCUCCAUUUUUUCCUCUAGAGCUGCACGUGUUCUUUGUGUAGAGAUGAAUCACUAACUGGUCCUACCAAGCUAUGGCACGCUACUGAUUAUUAUUUCUUCUCCCGAGCUACAUGGCCAGCUCGCCGAGCUCAGCUGUUGUUCGUGCAUUGCGUGCUUGAGGAGGCACUGUUAUAAUGAAUGCUUGUCUUCUGUAGUGAUUUGAAAACCAAACACCCACCGCAUGGCGCGAGUAUUUCGACGGCCCGCUUCGGCUCUUGCCAGGCGUGCUUCAAGUAGGGCCGCUCAAAGGGCCGCUCGGAAGCAUAAGGUGGUCAUGGAAUCCGUUACACAAGAGAAGAAAAAGCUUCGGAGUGUUAUAUCGUUUGAAGCGAAGGCCCCUCCGGGUUAUACCUUCAUUCCCGCUGGCAAUCCCCAGCUCACCUCUGCAUGCAAGGAAAUAUGCCGAAAAGAUGGUCUCAACGUUUUUGCUGUCACGACAACUCCGCAUAUGCACACCCACAAUCUUUCUCAGCAUGUGCACAGGAUUGGGUAUCAUUUUCCAAGUGCUGUUGUUGCGACUGUAUGUAUGGAUUUAGGUCUCUAUCUCACACCAACAGGCAAGGCAAUGCCAUUUCGAAACAUUAGCUAUACACAAAAUCGCAAACGCACUAACUCAGAAUCUUCUCAAACCACCAUUAACACUGAGGCUCGGGAUGUGUUGAAGGAUCUUUUCCCUAAUAUACCAGACAACGAUCUGAACCAAAUCAUCAAGACUGCGUUUCAAAAAGGUCAACGCAAAGUGGGCACGGCAGUUGAGUUACCCCUCGCUCGCCGAGCACAACUAGCAGUCGUGGCCCAUAUUCGGCAUGUGUAUACUGAUUACGAUCGUCUUCUCAAAACCACAUCAUUCCACGAGGCUAGAAGUAUUGUUGAAGAACCUACCUUAGCCAAAUUGGUGGAGUGGAGAGGCGAUGAUGAAAACGGAAAAACAGUCCUUGAGGAUGUCUUCCGCGAAGUCAUUGUUAUUUCUGAUGAUGAAGAUAGUGAUACUGAAGGUGACAUACCUCAGGCUGUGGAUCGGGACUACAGUGUGAAGAUCAUUUCGAGCCAUCCACGUGCAGAAGACCUUCAAAUGAAGCCAGUCAAUUACUCAAACUCUACCCAUCGAGAACAUCACCUGGAAACCUCGGAUGAGGAAGCCCCGCCGGGUUUUCAUUUUAUUCGAAUAGCUCCUAAAAGGCCAAGAAUUGACCGCCGCGGCUUCAGCAGAUACCAAGCCUGGGACCGCGCCAUCCACCGAUAUAGGAAUGCAGCCAACCGGACUGACCAACGCAAGCUUUAUGUCAGUUCUCCUAAUCAGGGAAGACCUAUAUAUGCUACACAGCAGCCCUGGCAGGAUAACUUCGAGGUUAAUAGGGACCAUGCUCCAGUCCAAGGCGUUCUUCAUCGGCAGAUUUCCGCCGCACCGUACGGGAACACGAUUACUGGGCCGCACAUAUUAGCUAUCGACCCUGUGGCAGAACGCCGUCCAUAUGAGGUAUAUCCUAUAUCCCGAUCACCUCGUCAAAGAGAGGCUGUUCUCAAAGUGGUGCAGGCUCCAGAGUCUUCUGGGGCUAAGCAUCUACUCCAUCAAGGUGACCCACCAAAUGCCCCUGUCUUCGUUAGUGGCCCUAAGAAGGUCCUUGGGAACAAUGGGAACCAACCUGGAUCUGGCCCUAUUCAAGGCAGACCAAACGUCAACCCACAGGACUGUGUCUUACCUUCUAUUGAACCUCCUUUGUCACCGGAAAACAAUACCCUGGAUAAUGGCCUAUUAGAUCACAUUGCCGGAAGGAUGUCGGGGGGGUGCUCUAUUCGCUCAUUAACACCACGUCGUCUCCAAUACAAGGAUAUCCAACGCCCAUUCCUUGAAGAUAGGACGCAAGACCAACUACCAAAAAGAAGGCGCGUGGCUUACUACGAACCUGUCAAUGUCGAUAAGGGCCUUUCUCACAUCGCUCGUACCAGCAACCCGGUGGAUGCUUUCACGGGAGAACGGUAUAUGGCCUUGGGAUAUCCACCGGGGAAAUCUCCUGUUCAGGGUGAUAUCCAUAUUCGUAAAAGAUAUCUAGCACCGUUUGAUCCCAUUCCUCAAUCAGAGUCCCAAUUAGGGAAAGUCCAGGUGUCCAGUUUAUCUGCUACCCAUCAUGAUCUUAAACCAGGGACCCUGCUCCAGGAAGACUAUGAACCUGCAGGACGCCAAUCGCUACCUCGUAACCAAUCACAUGAAACUCGCACGCAGUGGAGGUCGCAGGGACAGCUCCGCCCUUUGCCAGAGGCCGGAAUGGCCUUUCCGACGACGCACUGCUCUGAUAGAGCUGUUCCUGGGCGGUCUUCUAACUUUAGCGAACAGACGAAUUUCCAUCAAGACCAUUACACCAAUGAGAGCACGAAACCAUUUAAUGUAUCAGAGUCUUAUAAGUCUACUCGGGGCCACACUAAUGACCACGCUCUCAUGGCGCUUGGAAAUACCCAAUGGCGGAGGCACUAUGCUGAUGAUUUCGUUCGUACUAUUGAUUCGCAGGCCCCAAUUCCAAUGGAGUAUCCGGCACAACAUCACUUUUAUAGAGACCAUGCCCGGGAGCCCCUUACUCAGCAGGCCUAUUUUCAACUCCCACAUCAUCCUUCCUACAACACUACUGUGCCGGGUAAUGUCAGCUCAAAGCAGCCUUCUGUUCGAGAUUCACUGCAUUCACCUGCCCAAUGUUAUGCUAUGAUGGAUAACUCGGGCAUAAGAUACCAUGAUGCUGGCUUGGUCGAGUCUGCAUACACAGAGCGGCCAUUCCAAGAUUCGCAUAAUUUUCCACGGAAAAUCUGUGAACAACAACCACACACACGAUACACACCAGAACUAGACCGCCCUACCUAUGUGAGGAGAGGCGAUCGAUCUCAACCCUGUCACUCAGUGCCCGAAGGUAGAACAGUUGUUAUUGUGGAUUAGGUUGAUGAGCUGGUCUGUUUAUGGGCGCUCUGUUGCAUUGAAUCCAGCAGAUCUAGUUUCUAGUGUCGAUUCCUGCAUGGAUACUGUACAUACAUAUGAUAAGCAUAAUACCCAAAUGUAUGCCAAUUGACAUCGUGAUAAUCUACU